ACGCUUCCGGUCGUCCCCGGCGGCGACGCGUCAGCGGGCUGACAGCGGUAGGGCCGCGCGCCGGACGGUCACUUCCGGUGAGCCACGGGACCACCAGGCCGCCCCCUCGCACCGCCGUUGCCCUGGCAACGCCGUCGGGCCUGGGCCCGAGCCCGGCUGAGGCGACGGGAGGGUACCUGAGGUGUGAGGUCAUCGGCGCAGUGACGAGAGCAGCGGCGCCACUCGUGGGGCGCGGGGAGGUCGGCCCGGCCGCCGCCAAAGAAAUAGUCUUCACAACCAGAACCAGAUGGCAGCAGAUAGAUUUCCCUGCUGCUGGCAAGGCCAGAGAGACCUGGACUGGCUCGAGCAGUGGGCCCAGGAGAACCUUGUGAGGCUCAACAAAGUGAAGUGCAAGAUCUGGCACCUGGGUCAUGGCUACUCCCACUGCCGAUACAAGCUGGGGGAUAGGGAUCCCCACUGUACCUGGGACAGUGACCUUGAAGAAGGACUCCCAGAAUCUGAUUGGGAUCAGCAUUGGGGGAGGAGCACAGUACUGCCCCUGUCUCUAUAUUGUCCAGGUAUUCGAUAACACUCCAGCAGCCUUAGAUGGGACCGUAGCAGCAGGCGAUGAAAUCACAGGGGUCAAUGGCAAGUCUGUCAAAGGGAAGACCAAGGUGGAGGUGGCCAAGAUGAUACAGAUGGUAAAGGGAGAAGUGACAAUUCACUACAACAAACUUCAGGCUGACCCAAAGCAGGGCAAGUCUUUGGAUAUUGUAUUGAAGAAGGUAAAGCACCGACUGGUAGAGAACAUGAGCUCAGGGACAGCAGAUGCCCUGGGGUUAAGCCGAGCCAUACUUUGCAAUGAUGGAUUGGUGAAGAGAUUGGAGGAGCUAGAGAGGACUGCAGAGCUGUACAAAGGCUUGACAGAGCACACCAAGAGCCUUCUCAGAGCUUUCUUUGAGCUAUCCCAGACGCACAGAGCAUUUGGAGACGUUUUCUCUGUCAUCGGUGUACGGGAGCCUCAACCAGCUGCCAGUGAAGCUUUUGUGAAAUUUGCUGAUGCCCAUCGCAACAUUGAGAAGUUUGGGAUUCACCUUCUGAAAACAAUUAAGCCGAUGCUGACUGACUUGAACACGUAUCUGAAUAAAGCCAUUCCUGACACAAGGCUGACUAUCAAAAAAUACCUGGAUGUCAAGUUUGAAUAUUUGUCUUACUGCCUGAAAGUCAAAGAGAUGGAUGAUGAAGAAUACAGCUGCAUUGCUCUGGGUGAGCCCCUCUACCGAGUCAGCACCGGGAACUACGAGUACCGCCUUAUCCUGCGUUGCCGCCAGGAGGCUCGCACGCGUUUUGCCAAGAUGAGGAAAGACGUGCUAGAGAAAAUAGAGCUCCUAGACCAGAAACAUGUGCAGGACAUCGUGUUCCAGCUCCAGCGUUUUGUCUCCACAAUGUCCAAGUACUAUGACGACUGCUAUGCUGUGCUUCGAGACGCGGAUGUCUUUCCCAUUGAGGUGGACCUUGCCCGCACUACUCUGAACUAUGGGCAGAAGGACACGUACACAGACGGGGCAGAAGAAGAAGAAGGAGGAGAAAGUGAAAGAGAGGGUAGUGGGAAGGAGGAUGCAAAUGGUGAAAAGCUCAUUGAUGAUGCCUGAACGUGCCAGUAUGCCACAGAGGAAAAGACUUUGCAGACUGGUAUAAAAACAUGUGAUUGUCUGUGUUGUCCAGCCUGGGAUUCUUCCUCUGCUCUGGGUGGUAGUAGCUGGUUGGAUUGGGGCCAACCUCUGCAUUCCUCUCUUUGCUUGCUUGCUUGCCUUUUUUCCCUGCAGAGUUCUGUUGCCCAACUUGGAUACUGAGUUGUGGGGAAGAGAAUCUCCUUCCACAUCGCCAUGUGACUCUGUGUGAACAGCUGAGCGCCCAGGAUGCACCACUCCCCUCUGGCAAGUGGAAGGCUGCUGAACAUCUGGAGAUAACUACAAAUGGAAUAACAGUCCUCUCCUGUCCUUGUGCUCUGGGAAGGAGUUAGCACCAGCACUGUUCUCUUCACCUCACUGCUGGCUGUCUUCAUGCUUCAAGCUUUGGCUUAUUUCAGUCUUCCUCUCUGUCUUCCUGGAGUACAUCCCAUGAGGUCUGAGACAGGUGUUUUUUAGGAUGAUCACUCCGAACUCUCUGCAACACCGUUUUUAAGAAAUAGGAGCAAGUCAGAGCUGAUGUCUGGACCUAGUGGUGGUCCAUGUGAUUUGUUCAUCCCCUACCUGAGCGGUUGCAGUAAGCUCUCCUUGCAGAGGCUGGUAGUAGUGGCUGCCUGGCUUGGUGGACCGCUGCAACUCAGCUGCAAGGAUCUACAAGAGUAUUCCCCUGGCUUCUAUCCUCUUCGUAUUCCUUGAGCUCCUGCAUAGCUAGCACCAUCUGGACACUCCAUAGCUACACCCCAGGGCUGGGGUCCUCCAGUAUGUAGGUCUGCCACGUGUGGAAAAGAGGAACCUAGAUUAGGAAGUUCUCCCAGUCAGCAGAGAUGCUGAGGUAAACGUGUUUGUCUGAGACAGGUUCCUGAAAGUAAGAGCAAAGCUGCAUGCUUUUCCUUUCUCUUGUUCUCUCCUACUGCUCUUUGCAAUGGAUAGUAACCAAAUAGGCUUCUCAAGGAUGUGCAGUGAGUUCUGCAAACUCCUUUCCAUGUGCGGGUGCCAUGAGGAACCAACCACCUUAGGACUGCAAAGGUGAUGUUCUAUUCUUACACUAGUGAGGAGAGGCAGGAAGCCCUGCAGAGGGGGGAAGAUUUGGCCUGUGGCAGAGACACGGCGAUUCUGAGUGUGAAAUAUGAAUAGCAUACGAAAUUCUGCUCUCUACACACCCAUUCUGUUCUGCCAGAAGCUAAUGCACCAUUCCCCCCAGCACAAAGGAAGGAGGGAAAAGUAAAGCUUACUUUUCUCCUCCCACCACCCUUGUGGGCAGAUCCCGGAUCCAGAUGGCACUUUCUUCUUGCCAGCAGUGGUGUGCUGCUCAGAGGCCAGGGUUUUGACUUCUCUGUCAUUACAUUCUAAUGGUAGUAAGAGAAGUUAUUUAAAGGCAUUAAUUGAAGAUCGAGACAUUCGGUUUGUUUUUCUCUUAUUUUUUUUUGAGCCUUGUCAUCUCCGUGGGUGCGUGGAAGAAAGUCAUCCAUGGGCAAGCUGCUCUGGAAGAUUUUAAUGGACUCUAAAUGUACUGUUGUCUGUAAUAAAGAAAGAUGUGACAGUUUUGUU